AUGGGGCCAUCCCCAACAUUGGCGUCUUGGUCAAUAUCCACUAUGAGCUUGUCAGUGCGUGCUUUUCGCUCCAGAUACGAUUUGACGCCACUAAUCGACUGUGAAGCGUUUGUCAGCGUCAGUAUUCACCCGAUGCCGCGAUACUACCGCUGCAGGCACACCCACACGCGAGAUGUCCGAACGUGUUGUGCGAAGCAACAUCUGUUGAGUACGACCUAG